AUGGCCAGAAAGCUCAACAAGAUCAUCAGCACAGCGGACGCCAAGGAGCUCUACGCUCAGUAUGCAAAGAACAUCGACAUCCGCUUCCUCCAAGUCACCUUCACCGGCACCGUUGGCGAUUCUGUCGACGUUCACGGUGACAGCAAGUCUAUCAGAAGCAAGCGCAACAUCACUUGUCACUCCGUGACCAUGCGCACCACCGACGGCAAAAACAGACUUUGGGUCUACCGCGGUCCUGGAACCAAGUACCUACAGGACACUUUCGAGCUCCCCGACGGCACCAAGGAAGAAGCCCUGAGAAUUAUGAUCGAACGUGCUACUGGCUUUGAUGCCGCCGGAAACAAGAUUGAGAUUGUUGAAUGA